ACCGGGAGGAGCGUCCUACGUUUAAAGUGGCUCCGGUGUCAAUGGCGAGGGAGUGAGAGGGUUUGCUCUCGGCGAGAAUAGAGCAAUGCAUCUCUGUUUCUUGCUCGAUCUCCGGAACAUUUCGUCUCCUCUCCUCAAAGAUCUGAAGCAGAGUUUGCUGCAGCUUGCUGAUCUCUUCGCGGCGGGUUCUGUGGGAGGGGAGCGAGUGUUGCGGAGGGAGGAGAUGAUGUUGCUCCCAGAUCGGAUUGGGCUGUGCUACAUCCAGAGGAAUGAAUCCUCUUCGUCUUCUUCUGAGCUGAAGAUUGCAUAUAGGCCUGGAGGAAACUUCAAUCUUCGUGAUUUCCAUCAAGCAGUCAAUAAUUUGCCCAAGUGUUUUCAAACAGAAUCUAGUCCGUUUAUGUCUACUAAAUGUGAUAAUGAAGUUGAACUGUCAAUCAGAAAGCUUUUGAGCGAUGAAUUCUUAUAUAUGUGGAACGGUAAAGAUAUACAAAAGAAAGUUAUUGUAACUGCUUCCUCGGUUGACAUUUUCUCCGAAGCUCUUCAGAAUAUUUCCAUGGAUGCAGUCACCAAGCAGGUGCCAAUAGAGUUUGUUGUGCUGGAACAGGAGGCCAUUCUGAAUAGUGGAUCAUCUCUAAACCUCAGCAAAUUCAAUGACUUUUUCGAGCAGCAUCAGAACUGUUUUAUUCAUAGACAUUGUGCUGACACCUGGAUCCUUUCUGGCCUUGUCAAGAUGUGGUUACAAGAUUUAAGGGAUGAUGUAGAUGGCAUGAACGCUGUCCUUGCCUUUAAGCAUGCCAUUUGGGAAUCUUCAAACCAAAUAUCUUGUAGAUUGUUUGCCUCCACUUCUAUGAUUGUUGAUGGCUUCACAUCUUGUGUGACAUGCAGGUGCCAUGGAUGUCCCAUCAGCGAUGCUUACAAGCAGGCUAAGAAGAAUGUUUGUCCAGUUACCUCUUUGGAGCUUGGGGAAUCUGAUUUGAUUGAGAAUGCAAUUAGUGUUGGAGGAAAUACUUUGCUAUUUGUUCCUUCAUUUGAAAGUUCAUCUGAGCUCCACAAAAUCAGUGGUCUUAUUACUUUAAAUGUUAUUGAACGCACAAGCCUGGCGUCUCUAAAUGAAGGUGUAAUUAUGGGAACAUCUUAUAUUAUUGCUCCAGUAUAUCAUGAUAAGAAAGCUGCUUCAAAAGAGCACGAGAUGAAUGCACGAAUUUUCCACGGACUAUGUGAAUCACUUUAUUCUCUCGACCAGGGGCUUGUGUGUUCAUCAUCUUGUAACCUAGAGAAUAUGACCUAUGGAAGCUUUAUGAGCUUUUAUAUUCUACAACCUUCAUACCAUGGAUUGAUGCUUCUGAGGAGGCUAGCUGCUUCAGAAGAAAUAUUUCCAUAUUCGAGUAGAACAAAGCAAAUAUUUGCAUCUGAGGAAAUAAAGAACUUCAUAAAAGCUUCUUUGUCCAAGGUUGAGCUCAGGGACUACAAUCCUCUCGAACAUGAGAGGGGUCUUUAUCCACAGCUUGGCAGGCUAGUAGACGAAAGCUUGCAGUUUGGCUCAUUACCAAAACACGAAUCAAGUCAUAAGCUUGCAGAUAUUCAACAUCAUCAGUCAUCUUCUUCCCAGAAACCCUCAGUACUCAUAAUAUCUGAAGAAGAAAAUGAAGGCUAUUCGAACACAAACCAGGAUGAGAAUGCAUCCUCUUCCAUCACAGACGAGUGGGAGCAGCUCGUUAUUGUUGAUGACAUGAAUGACAGCUUGUCUGCUGCCACCAUUUCUUUGCCAAAAACUCAUGUCUCGGUUCUAACUCAUGACAGACCUUUAGAUGAGAGAACCAGCAGAAUUCUCGAGAGGUUGGAAGCCCCAAAAUGUUCUCCAUCCUUUUCAACUAAAGUGAUCAGCAAAGAGAAUAAAAACUCCAUUGUAAAAUUAGAUCCAAUCUCCAUUCAGCCGCUGAGGCCAAACUUCCAGAGGCCGAAGAGGAAGCUGGGGUAAUUUUUCUUCUUUAGUACAUUACUUGUUGGUGUAAGAGAUAGAGGAUAUGCCAAUACUGAGUGAAACUGCUUUUAAACGUUUUAUUAUACGAACUUCUGGUUAGAAAAUUGUGGUGUUUCAGAGAUUAACGUCUGUCUGAAAUCAUUUCUUGCAUUAUUUUUUAG